ACUUCCGCGCCGCCGGAAGAGGGAGGGCGGGCCCCGCCGGCGCCGCCCGCGCGCCAAGAUGGCGCAGGCGCUGUCGGCUGAGGAGUUCCAGCGGAUGCAGGCGCAGCUGCUGCAGCUCCGGAGCGAGAACUACCGCCUCUCGGACGAGCUGCGGAAGAACGGCGCCGAGCUGUCGGCGCUGCGGCAGCGGGUGCAGGCGCUGGACCGGGACCUGGCCAAGGCCAACAAGGCCCUCAGUAAGAGCAAGAAGGCACAGGAGGUGGAGGCGCUGCUGGGCGAGACGCGGAUGCUGCAGGGAAAGCUCCAGAGCCAGGAGGAUGAUUUCCGGCUGCAGAACAGCACCCUGCUGCGGGAGCUGGCCAAGCUCUGUGCACAGAUCGAGGGCCUGGAGCAGGAGAACCGGCGGCUGCAGGAGGGGGGGGCCCCGGGACCCUCCCAGGAACACCCCCAGGACGGGGCCGCUGGUGACAAUGGGGACCCUUUGGCCCAUACAGAUGCCCCCCUGAUGCCCCCCAAGGAGCCGCCACCAGCUGAGGAGGGGGCUGGGGCUGAUGCUCCCCCCCCAGCACCCCAGGCAGAGGUGACUCAGCUGCAGGCAGAGGUGGCUGAGCUGAUGGAGAAGCUGCGGAAGCAGGAGGAGAGUUCCCUCCAGCUGGAAGCGGAGAAGGAGACACUGCUCAGGGACAGACAGAUGGAGCUGGAGAAGCUCCGGGCUCAGCGGGAUGAAGAAUUCCGGGAGCUCCAGACCCAGAUCCAGCAGCUGCAGCAGGAGCUGGAGGCUGCAACUAAGGAGGAGGUGGGACUGCAGGAGCGGAGCGGAGCCUUGGCCCGGGACCUGCAGGAGGCUCAGGCACAGCGUGAUGCCCUUGACAGCCAGCUCCAGGUGUGCGCAGCGGAGCGGGAGGGGCUGCGGCAGCGCCUGAGCGAGGCCGAGGCCGCCCGAGGGGAGAGUGAGCGGCAGCGGCGGCAGACGCAGGAGCAGCUGGAGCGGCGGGAGCAGGAGCAGGCGGCGGCUGAGCAGCACCGGGCUGAGCUGGAGGGCCGGGUGGGGGAGCUGCGGGCGGCACUGGGGGACGCUGAGCGGCAGCGGGAGUUGCAGGAGGCUGAGGGCCAAGCGCUGCGCCAGGAGCUGAAGGACGUGCGGGACGGGCAGCGCAUCCUGGAGAAGAAGGGCAGCGCCGCGCUGAAGGACCUGAAGCGGCAGCUCCAGCUGGAACGGCGCCGGGCCGACCGCCUGCAGGAGCGGCUGCAGGAGCUGCUGGCCCCCACCCGUGCCCGAUCCGGGCUGGAGGAGCUGGGGCUGGAGGGGGGGUCCCCGGGGCGGGGGCCGGGGGGGGACAGCAGCAGCCUGAGCUCCCUGGGCCGCGACGGCUCCGCCCCUGGCAGCACCAAGUCGGGCUCAGGCAGCCCUGGGGGGGGCAGCGGCGGUGGGGGGGUCCCCGGCGGGGGGGGCCUGUCCCCUGCGGAGGUGGCGGAGCUGUUCCAGCGUCUGGCCCAGAGCCAGCAGGAGCGCUGGCUGUUGGAGGAGAAGGUACGUCACCUGGAGGUGAGUAGCGCCUCCAUGGCAGAGGAUCUGUGCCGCAAGAGCGCCAUCAUCCAGAGCUUCGUGCGCGACAGCCGCCUGGAGGCAGCGGGGCCCGCGGGGCCGGCCCGGAGGGGUGCGGGGCCGGGCGAGGAGGGGCUGCGGGAGAUGAACAAGAAGCUGCAGAACAUGUUGGAGGAGCAGCUCACCAAGAACCUGCACCUCGGACAGGACCUGGAGGCCCUGUCGCAGGAGCUGGCCCGGCUCAGCAAGGAGCGGGCGGCCCCCUCCGGGCCCCCUUGAGGGGCGGGGCUUCGGCUGCAGGAGGCCCCGCCCCCAACCACACCCCUCCCCCGUGGGCGCCGGCCGGCCGGUGGGGGCGCUGUCGCUGUAAGGGACGUUGCCCCUUUAAGGACGGGGUGGCCCCGCCAGUGGCGUUGCCGCUUUAAGCGGGGGGGGGGCCUGCAUGCGACCCCCUCUCCUCCCCCCCGCCAAUAAACCCGCUUCAACCGCUG